AGUAUGACUCAAAACACAAAACUUGCAUGCUGCGCUGCACACUGCUUGCAGUUCUCUACAGCACUGAGCAACACCCGAGUACACUGUCCCGCGCUGUGCUUGCUUGUCCGAGAUUGCAUCUUGUAUCCUCGAAUCUGCAAUGAACUGUUAGCGCUCGAAACUAUUAGUAUGACGGCGCGGGAGCUGGCGGGAGCUGCGCGGACCCGCUCGCGGUCUCGCGAGUCGGGCCUCUUAAACAUCCCGUUAUGGCGUGGUUUUAUAGUUGCAGCUAUAUUUUUGUUUGCAGCACUGCUGGUUGCAGGCCCGAAGCGCGCCGCCGGCGCCUCCUGGUUCCGCCACCCCAACUGCACCUCCCCCUGCAGCGAGGCCGACCACACCUGCACGGACGCCAACAUCAACAGCUGCCGCUACGCCUGGGGCAGCUGCCCCAACGGCACCGUACAGACGGCGCUGGGCAGUGCGGUGGACAUGGCUGACUGCCUGCCGCCCACCGACUGCACGCCGGGAGGCUGCGAGGAGGGCUGGGCCGAGGUGGCCAAGACGGCCUGCAUCGACGUGAAGAAGUGCCUGGCUCACGCCGGGUUCUGCUACAGCGAGACCUGCUGCCGCGUCAAGCCGCAGGCCACCUGCUGCCCGCAGCUGGACUGCACCGUGCGGUACGAAGACUGUGACGUGGCGCAGCAACGCGUGCUCAACGACACCUCGCGCUCCGACGUGGGCCGCACCCGCAUCGCCCACACCGGCUCCGCAGCCUUCCCCUUCUACUCCGCCCCUCACGUCCCCGCGCCUGGGGGCUCCGCAGGCGCGGGAGGGGGCUCCGGGGCAGCUGCAGGGGCAGGAGGUGGAGGAGGAGGUGGAGGAGGAGGAGUGGCUGGCGGCUGCGAGGCGGUGCGGGUGUGGGGGCGCUGCUUCUGCAAUGAUGGCGCCAGCGUGCCGGGAUGCGACCCCUUCAACUCCUCCACCUGGACGACCGUGUCAGACGGCGAGGCCGACCCGCUGGCCGCCGCCGCCGACCCCGCCCGCCGCCUGCCGCCCGGCCUCUCGCAGCUGUGCGUCGUCCUGCCACCCGACUCGCCGCCCCCCGCCGCCCCCUCCUCGGCCGCCAGCCCCUCCCCUUCCGCCUCCCCGCUUCCUGGCCCGGGGACCGCGGGUGAGGACGCGGACUACGAGGAGGGCUCCGGCACCGGAAACGGAACACAUGCGCGCCAGGCUGGUCGUAAAGACAACGGCGAGCAGCAUGCGGGGGGCGGCAGCACGGCCGGACACCAGGCCCGGGUGGCGGUGGUGGUCGUGGCGUGCGUGCUGGCGGCGGGCGGCUGCGUGCUGGGCGUGUCGUGGUGCUGCGGGCUGCUGCCGGACGUGCGGAGCCUGCUGCGCCUGAGGGGCGCCACCUACGAGCCCAUGUUCACGGGCCAGUCCUACACGCCGGGGCUGACCUCGCCGCCCAGUGCCACGGCACCGGCCGACAUACCCUGGAACAGGUUCCUGGCGGCUCUGCAGGAUUUGUACGGGCGCGUGCGGUACGGGCGGCGGUACCGGCUGGAGGGCGAGAGCGCCGCCGCCGCCGCCGAGCGCUACCGCCGCCUCAUAAGUAACGCCGGCGGCACCGGCAACAGCAGCUGGCGGGGGCAGUGUGGGGACGGCGGCGGCGGCGGCGGCGAGGCGUACCAUGGGCCGGGGCUCGGCGGCGGGCCGGCGGGAGGCGGAGGGGGAUACGGCGUGGGCCCUGACGGGCUUGGAGGCGGGCGACUGGAGGAGGAGGAGGAGGACGAGGUGUUCACACUGGACGAGCGGCCGGCGCGACCCGUGGGGCUGAUGGUACCCGCCUUCGGGCGCAGGUCCUCCGGCGGGCCCCUGGGAGGGGGAGGAGGAGGAGGAGGAGGCAGGCUGGGCCUGGGUGCUGCUGGCGGCUGGCAGCAGCAGCCGGCGUCGGCAGAGCUGGAGAUGGGGCAGGUGGCGUCAGGGCCAGGGUCAGGAGCAGGAGGAGGAGGCUACGGCGGCGGUCGAGUCGGUGCCGCGGCGCCGGCGGCUUUCCACCACCACCACCACCACCAGCAGCAGCAAGGAGGCAGAGCUAACCAGUUUGGAACGACGGGGCCGGGCGCAGGCGGCGGCGGCGGCAGCGGAACGGAUGGGUGGGCUGCGUCGGCGGGCGAUGUCAUCCACACGCGCGCCAUGCGGCUUGACAGCUCGGAUGGCGGGCAGGACGUCGAUGAUGGGGAUGAAGAGGAUUUGGACGCGCCCAUCCACAUGCCUCUCACCACGCCCCAGACCACGGGACAGGACGCGGGCCGGCGGCGGUAGCGCUAGCGCAGGCAGUUGCGGCGUUUGCGGCUGCCGUGAAGUCCGGUGUGUCCUGUGAGGCGGGUUCGCCCCUGUCACUUAGGGUGUGAGGAUUGCGGUUGCCGUGAAGCAUGUGCCAGGCGUUGCGCCGGGCGUUUUGCGGCGGUGUGCGUGAGCUCACUGACGUGGCGACGUGCGCGUUUGCAGUUGCCCUGCUGGUGGGCGGGUGCGCGGCAGGUUGCUGGUGGGCUGGUGAGGCGGGGGGGGGGGGGGUUACAUGCAUUAAGUCUACGAAGGGGGGAAAUGCCAGUGACAGGCCACUGAGGUGGCUGCGGCUGAAGCAGUGCGGCACUGUUCAGCGGGGCGCAAGGCGAUGGGCCACCGCCGCGGUUGCCCUUGCGGGCAUCCGCGCGGACGUGUCGAUGGGUAGUUGCACUCCUAAACUCGUGCCCGCACCCCGCUCGUUGCUCGGCAGCUGUUCAGCUCUACGCCAUUGAACUGGUACCGUGUGUACAUGAGUCGUCCAAUCCCAGC